AUGGUUGGGGGGGGGUUGGGGGGGGGGGUGGGGUGUAGGGGGUGGGUGUGUGGUGUUUUGGGUGGUUUUGUGGAGGUGUGGUGGGUGUGGGGUUUGGGGGGGUGGUGGGGGGGGAUGGGGAGUGGAGGGUUGAAAAGGAAGGAGGGUGGGAGGGAUGAGUGUGGAAUAUGGGGGAGAGGAGAGAGGAGGAAGGUGGGUGGGGAUGAGGUGGGAAUAUGGGGGGAGAGGAGAGAGGAAGGAAGUGGGGAGGUGAUGAGUGUGGGAAUAUGGGGAGAGGAGAAAGAAGGAAGUGGGGGGGGAUGA